AACGUGCAUUAAUCUUGCUAAAACACAGUCCGUGGGCAACAGGGAGAUGAAUGUGGCCGGGGUGCAGGCGAGUGCAUGUGGUAAGAGGGAGACUGCCAUCCCCUGCCGGGAGCAGCAAUGUGUGUGCCACUCCUCCUCUUCUGCAGUCGUAUCCAAGUGCAGCUCGGCAAACAUAACCUGGCAGCCACGGAAUCGACUCAGCAGUUCAUCAACUCCGCUAAAGUCAUCCGCCACUCCGGCUACAGUGCCUACACUCUGGACAAUGACAUCAUGCUCAUCAAGCUUGCCACAGCAGCCAAGCUCAACCGAGCUGUCCAGACAGUUCCUCUGCCUACUUCCUGCGUGGAAGCUGGCACCACAUGCCUCAUCUCUGGCUGGGGCAACACACUCAGCAGUGGCGUUUCCUACCCAGACGACUUGCAGUGCCUGGAGGCUCCUGUACUCUCUGCAAGCGACUGCAGCAAAGCCUACCCUGGGCAAAUCACAAGCAACAUGAUCUGCGUGGGAUUCCUGGAGGGAGGAAAAGACUCCUGCCAGGGUGAUUCUGGUGGUCCAGUAGUCUGCAACGGGCAGCUCCAGGGCAUUGUUUCCUGGGGUAUUGGAUGUGCCAAGAAAGGCUACCCUGGGGUGUACACCAAGGUCUGCAAUUACGUCUCCUGGAUCGAAUCGACUAUAUCUGCCAACUGAGACACUCCCCCUGUGUGACCUCCCUUUUCUCCUCAUCAUUUUCUUCUCUUCUGGGACAGGACAUGCAAAGAUUAUAAAAAAAUAAAUAUU